AUGGCUCAAUUGCAGGUUUUAGGCGUGGUGGUCUGCAGAGUUUUCCGAGUACCAACGCCGGCAGGUGCGGGAUUACAAGACAAGACUAAGUUAGUUCCAAUUAACAUUCAGAACAGGCUUGCCUGGUACAAAGAGAAAGUCUACCAUGUAAACAAGGUGCCCUCAUUGGAACACAAUGGCAAAGUCAUUGGGGAGAGCCUUGAUUUGAUUAAAUAUGUAGACAGCAACUUUGAAGGGCGCCCUUCUCUUCACCCCAACGAUCCUGCUAAAAAAGAGUUUGCUGAAGAAUUGAUAACCUACAGUGAUACCUUCAACAAGAUAGUGUUCGCGUCAUUCAAAGGAGAUACAGUCAAAGAAGCUGGUCCUGCUUUUGACCACCUAGAGAAUGCUCUUCAUAAAUUUAAUGAUGGGCCUUUCUUCCUUGGCCAUGAGUUCAGUUUGGUGGACAUAACUUACAUCCCGUUUGUUGAAAAAUUCCAAGCCUUCCUUUCAGGAGUUUGGAAUUAUGAGAUCACUGCAGGAAGGCCUAAACUUGCUAAGUGGAUCGAGGAGGUGAACAAGAUUGAUGCUUACAAGCCAACAAAGACGGAUCCCAAAGUGAUCGUUGAAUUAUACAGUUCCCUCUUUUUGGCUAAGCACUGAACAUACCAGCACAAUUCAAUUGGGCGUUAAUUAGUGAAAUAAGUGGCUGUUUUUUUUUUUUUUUU